CGCACGGAAUUGAAGUUCCCUCCAACCAUGUCGUCCCCCACGAUAUUCACCACAACGUCUCUCUUCUCUCUUAUUGGUGUCGUAGGUGUCGGUUUAGCAGCUUACGUCGCAUCUCAAGUCUUUCUACCCAAAAACGCGAGCGCAAAGGAUCGGUUCACCUUCAUAUGGCUCGCUUUCGACGCGAUGAUCCAUUUCAGCUUUGAGGGAUCAUGGCUAUACCUGUCUAUGUUCGGCAGACAGGUCAACACCAGUUCUGGUCCUCUCGCGGAGAUGUGGAAGGAGUACGUGGCGGCAGAUUUUCGUUGGGGAGUCUCAGAUCCCACUGUCGUGUCAUUGGAAAUUCUGACUGUUUUGGGAGCUGGUCCACUUUGCUGCUACAUUUUGAGGUUGCUUUCGAGAGAUGACCCCGCAAGGCAUUAUUGGCUGGUGGUGUUAAGCACGGCGGAACUUUACGGCGGAUGGAUGACGUUCUGUCCCGAGUGGUUGACAGGUAGUCCCAACCUCGACACGUCGAAUGUCCUCUACCUUUGGGUCUAUCUCGUGUUUAUGAACAUGAUCUGGGUCGUUAUUCCGUUGUGGCUCAUGUAUGAUUCGUACCAUUUCGUUGCCAAAACGCUGCGAACUGCGCAAUCCUCUGGGAAGGGAAAGAAGGCUUGACUGACGAUGAGGUUGAGUCCAGCGGCUGCCGGACUUUAGGAUAUCUACGAAUCUGCACAUACAUAUACCCGGAUUUACUUUGAAUUUAACAGUCGGUUGUGAGUGCUCAUCUCAAGAUUUGUCGAGCGCGAAAAGUCAACAACAUUAAAAUUGAUAUAUGGUAGCAUCAAGG